AUGGCCGCAACACAGGCCGCAAAUUUCGUCGAGAAGGCCAUUGGCCACAGCGACACUGCAACAACCACCACUGACAUCAGUAAUUACAACAAUGAGUACGGCGUCGAGACGGGUGAGAAGAUCCGCGCGACGGUCUGGGAGGGAAAGAACGAGGUCGGAAUCGUUGAAAUGCCCAAGCCGCGUAUCGUGGAUGCUCCCGAUGCCAUCGUCAAGGUAACAGGGAGUACAAUUUGCGGAAGCGACCUGCAUCUAUACCAUGCCGUGAUCCCCCAACUCCAAAAAGGCGACGUCCUCGGCCACGAAUGCUGCGGAGUAAUCGACUCCGUCGGACCGGGAGUCACAAAAUACAAGCCAGGCCAGCGCGUCGUCGUCUCCUUCCCCAUUGCCUGCGGGACCUGCCGGCGCUGCAAAGCCGAACUGUACAGCCAGUGUGAAAACACCAACGAGAACAGCAUCACGAACGCAAUGUACGGGAAGCGAACGGCCGGAAUCCUCGGGUACAGCCACUUCACGGGUGGCUUUGCAGGUGGACAGGCUGAGUUUGUGCGCGUGCCGUUUGGAGAUGUCAAUCUGCUGCCCAUCCCCGAUGCGGUGCCGGACGAAAGGGCAUUGUAUUUGAGUGACGUCGUGGCGACGAGCUGGCACUGUGUUGUUGAUACCGGGGUCAACAAGGGCGACGUUGUUGCUGUUUGGGGUGCUGGGCCAAUUGGGCAGAUGAGCGUGGAAUUUGCGUUCUAUCAUGGGGCAAGCCGGGUGAUUUUGAUUGAUGGAGCGGAUGGGGCGUGGAGGUUGGAUUUUGUGAAGGCGAAGGUGCCCAAGGUUGAGACGCUGGACUUUUCGAAAUUGCCGAGAGGAGAAUCCGUUUCUAGCCAGCUGCGCCAGAUGACGGACCAUUCUUUGGAUGUCUGUUUGGAGUGUGUUGGGGGCGAGUAUGCGAAGGGAUGGGUGCAUUUCUUUGAGCAGAUGAUGGGUGCAGAGACGGAUACCUCAGAGAUCGUGAAUGAGAUGAUUACCUCUGUCAGGCCGUUUGGACGGGUUGGAUUAACGGGCGUUUACGCUGGAUUUACGAACCACUUUAAUAUCGGAGCGCUUAUGCAGACCGGGGUCCGAUUGAUUGGGAAUGGCCAGGCGCCAGUGCAUAAGUACUGGAAGGGACUAAUGGAGCUUGUUCAGAAGGGAAAAAUUGACCCACUCCGCAUGGUCAGCCAUCGACUCCGGCUCGAGGAUAUUGACAAGGUAUAUGCAAUGUUCAACCAACGCGAACAGGGUAUGCAGAAAGUAUACCUGGAAACGAGACACUCGAGGCCGAGAGCCCCAGAGUCACCAGAGUUGACCAGGCUUUAA